UGAUGAUUUGCUUACUUGAAGCAGGACUGAAUUUGGAGCGGGUACUGUGAAAUGUGUAAGCAUGAUGUUGCCUGGAUAAUCAACGGAGGUCUUUAGAAGACGGAGAGCUACAACUGGCUGAAGGUAAGAGAAGAAGGCAGGACAGCCACACCUCAUGCAUGGGCCCGACUGGAUAUGGCUCUGGCAAACAUGGGUGUUCUCCAGCUCAACAACCCCACUCACUCCAGCACACUUCUCCAGCGGGCCAACCAAAUGCGCCUGACUGGCACCUUGUGUGAUGUGAUCAUCACGGUGGACGGUCAGGAGUUUCCUGCGCAUCGCACCGUCUUGGCUUGCACCAGCAAGAUGUUUGAGAUCCUUUUCCACCGCAGCAGCUUGCGCUAUGCCCUUGACUUCCUCUCCCCGAAAACCUUUCAGCAGAUCCUUGAGUAUGCCUACACUGCCUCGCUCCAAGCUACAGCUGAGGACUUGGAUGACCUGCUGUAUGCUGCUGAGAUCUUGGAGAUUGAGUACCUGGAAGAGCAAUGCCUGAAGGUGCUUGAGACUAUCCAAGCAGAGGAAAGUGAAGAGGUGUCAGUCAGGAAUCACAGCUCUGGAGAUCACAGUGAUCACAGUCGAGCCAGGCACUGGAGGCACAUGUUGAUGUCCAAGAAGCACUCCUUACAAGAUGGAACAAAGUGCAGCUCUCCCACCGCUCUCCACCACUUGGCUCUGUACCACAUGACAGAGAGGAGCUCUCCUGGUCCAGAGUGUGAGGCAGUUCCUCAGGUCAGCCCCAAGCUGGAUGCUGAGGUCGAUAUGGAGAGUUCCCAGCAGCUUCACAAUGUUUCCCAAGACUCAUCCCUAGAUCCUGCCAGAAGUAUUAAAUCAGAGCACAUGCAGGUAGACGAUGCCGACAGCUGCAAGGGAAAAUUGUCUAUUGCAGGAGACACAACGAGCACGACUGAGCAGCCAAGAGAUGAAGGCCCAGGGACGCCUCUCAGAGGCAGUGUUAUCACCAGCGCCCGAGAGCUGAACACAGGCUCCGAAGAAGGCGGGCAAACGGUGACAAACACUCUCGAAGGUUUUCCUGGAAUCAUUGACAAAGACCUGGCCUCCAUUUACGCUGUAGCCUCCAACCACAUGGGAGAAGGGCUGUCCGUUUCGGUGGCCCCAUCCCUGGGCAUUCCGCUCGAUCCCAGGGCCUACAGCGGCCUGCUGCACCAUGGCUUGCUGCACAGGGAGCUGCUGAGCAGGCUGGGGCAGUUUGCAGCAGGGAUGAGGAACGACGGCCAGACGGCAGGUCAGCAGUGCUGUGGAGAAUGUGGCCUCCAGCUGCACAGCAGACAGGCUAUCGAACAACACAGGAGGCUUCAUAAUGAGGAGAAGGGCAACAGCUGUGAAUACUGUGGGAAACACUUCCAGGACAGCAUGCGGCUCAGGAUGCACAUGCUGUCUCACACAGCUCCUGCAGAGGCUUUGGUGUGCGAUCAGUGUGGAGCAACAUUCUCCUCAGAUGAAGCUCUGGAGGCCCACAGGCAAACACACACAGGGACUGACAUGGCGGUGUUCUGUCUGCUGUGUGCAAAGCGCUUCCAGACCCAGAAGGCCCUGCAGCAGCACAUGGAAGUCCACGCAGGCAUGCACAGCUACAUUUGCAGUCACUGUGAGCGCCCCUUCCCGAGCCACACCACCCUUAAAAGACACUUGCGCUCCCACACAGGCGAUCACCCGUUUGAGUGUGAAUUCUGCGGGAGCUGCUUCAGAGAUGACGGCACGUUGAGGGGCCAUAAACGCAUCCACACCGGGGAGAAGCCCUAUGAGUGCAAUGGCUGCGGCAAGAGGUUCAGUCUGAAACACCAGCUGGAGACACAUUACAGGGUUCACACAGGUGAGAAACCCUUUGAGUGCAAGCUGUGCCACCAGCGCUCCAGAGACUACUCGGCCAUGAUCAAGCACCUGCGUACACACAAUGGAGCUUCUCCAUACCAGUGCACCAUCUGCCAGGACUUCUGCCCCAGCCUGGCCGCCAUGCAGAAACACAUGAAGGGCCAUAAACCCGAGGAGGUGCCACCUGACUGGAGGAUAGAAAAAACCUAUCUGUAUGUCUGUUACGUCUGAGCAGAAAUUGGACCCCAGGCGCAGUCUAACACACACACACACACACACACAUACUGUCAGUCCUGGAUUAAAACUUGUGCUGCUGGUUUAAAGCUGAAUGCAUAAAGUAUUUUGCUGUUUUUGGACAAAGUUUCCUCUGAAAAAAAAAGUUUUUUUUACUGGACGACAAGACGUGCAAGCAGGGAUACCGGAGUGUUUACAGAGUAAAGCUGCAGCUAAUGAUUACUUUUGUUGGCAGUCAAAUUAUGAGUGCUAUGAAGAAGAGACAACCUCGCAAAGAUAUCCUAGGUAAAUAAUUGAAUCUAUCUGACAAACAGUAAAAUCCAAAGAGAUUUGCUUUCCCUUUCUCAAAAACAAAAAUUCAAACAUUUUUUAGAGCCGGUAGGUGAUUUCUUCUAGCGACAGUUCAGUUAAUUCUAAAAGCUGGUGACAGAUUCCUGAUGGCUUAACUGUUUGCCUCUCCUACACAGAGAGACACACACUUCCUCUCUUGCACACAGAGUUUAGAUAACAUUAUCUUUAAAGGAUACAUUGUGGUGAAAAAUCAAUGCCACGGUGACUUUGACUGCAGAACUACUCAUGCAGCAGCAGAAGCACUGAAGCAACUGCUAAACCAUCGUUUUGUAUCAUUUUCAGUUUGCGCGGCAGAUGUUAAAAAUGACUCCUGAAAAGCUUGAUUGGCUGAACUUUGCAACUUCUGUCUCCCUCAAUUUCCUUUGACUUUACCUUUUUUUUUCCUGCAGGUGGAAUUUUGAGUUUGGAGUUGCUUUUUUCUGCAUGUUUUUACUUGAAUGGCUGACCUCAUGAGUUUGAUCUCUUUAAUUGCCUUGUCUUCUCAUGCAGUUGGUGUUUUUAAACAGAGGCAAGUUGUGCUGAAAUUGCAAUUGCUUCUAUUGAUUUCUUUUCAAUUUAUGUGUUGGUUAUGUGUUACCAAAUGUAUGUGCCAGUUCCAUCCAUGCUCUGUGUCCAUGUUCACUUAAUAGAGAUGUACAUAGAAACCAACUAGUGACAGGAAUUGAUCAAAUUUCAGUUUGUUUGGCCCUAACUGGUGUGAACGCAGCUGGAAACUCUGAACGUCAUCUUUUUUACUUCAUGUUUAUCUUCAGAACUAACAGGUCACUGUAACACCAGUCUUCAAUGUGGAUGGGGUUACUCCAAGUUCACUAUUUUCUAUUUUCAAUGUUAGUAAAUGAAAAAUAAAAUCAAUACAGAGAUGUUAAAAAUUGUUUAAAAGAAAGCCAUUUUCAACCACUAGUCAAGAUGUGUUGGUUGUUCCUUAAGACUACAACAGGGUAAGAGUGCAAAACCUGAAGCGGAUAAUAAGAAGGCUCAACAAAGAACAGAAAAGUUUUUGUUUUGUUUUGGUUUUUUUUCAUUUUCUGCUUUUAGAAUUUACCAGGAAUUCCAGUACUAGUGAGCUAUGACUCUUUAAAUUAAACCAACUUUUUAAGCUAUGGGUUUUUUGUGUGUGUGUAUAAUUAGGGCAAACAUCCGAAUUUCAGCAGGGAAUCUUUAAAAGGUUAUCGAGUCUAAUCACACCUUAGGUCAGCCUUAGGAGAUAAAAACCUGUUUCUUCAGGUAGUUUCUCACAGAUUAGGUCUCAAUGCAGAGGUUUUGCCCUUUUUAGAAAUAUUCUAAGUUGGAAUCCACUUAAAAAAGGAUAAUUUAAACAAAACAAAUUAUCAAAAUAUUAAUGCAAACAUAUUGUUUUAUCCAAAAAGAGGCAUCAAUGUGAAUUGUGUGUUAAAUGCUAAUAACACACGUCCAGCAAAUAAAACUGAGAAUAUCAUGAAAGUUUUUACAUCUAUGGUUUCAGAAGCCUUGGAAAUGGGGCUUUAAUGUGGACCCAACAGUCCAGGGUUGUGGAAAUAUUCUGUGAAUGUAAUGCAGAAAUGCACAGUGUAUCGGAGGCCAUUGCUUUAAUCCUCCUGUAGUGAGCAGUGUAUCAUGUGCAAGAAACAGGUAGCAUAUAGUCAUAAAUAUUUGCACAAGAAGUUGUUUGUGUCAUGAAAACGCUUAAAAAGAAUUUCCCCAAGUAUAAGAAACAUGUCUGCAAAGGAAGGUUCAGUAUUCAACAUUUAAUAUUCCUGAUUUUUUUUUUUACAUUCAUUCCUAUAAAUUCCCCAUUUUGAUGUUAAUUUUCCUACUCCACACUCGCACACCGGAAGAUAUCAUAGCAACACGGCUAAAAUUAAUACUGACCUUAUUUAGUCUUUUAAGUUUGUAGGGAGACCUUUGUCUUAGUUGGCCUCUAUUGAAAGCUUUACAAAAACCAGAGACUGGAUAUUGGUCAAACGAUUCUGAUCGGUACGUCCGUAUCCCAUACAUUUCUCUACUGGUUUAGAAUUCACAUACAAAUCACUUGUUUUGUUUAAGCAAGAUUAACUUGAAAAACAUUAUACAAAUGGUUAAACAGUGUGUAAAAAAUGGACAGGCUAUUAAAGACUUUUAAGUGUAGUAUUUUUUUUUUUUUAAAUCAUUGCUUCUAUAUAGAUGUCUUAUAAAGAUCACAGAAUCAGAAUUUUCUAUUAAAAAAAGAAAAACAUGAAAAUAAAAUUGUUUUUAUAUAAAACAAGAACAGAAAAUUCUGACAUUCAACUCCUAUGAGCAGGUUAUUGUUGGUCGUAGUGUAGCUGUAAUGUACUGUCAUGGUAUGUGAUUCCCUUAUGUGAGCCUAAAACAGGCCUUAUAGAUUUGAACUUGUUGUAUUUUUGUAUUACAGUAAUUUGCUGUUUGUUUACAUUUGGUAUGAUUUGAGAAACACCUUAAUGUUUGUGUGUUUUGUAUGAGUUGAUUAAGACCCAUCCCUUGUGCCUCUUUUUAUAAGUAGAGCAUCGAUGUGCUUGAGUACAUGGGACUGUGCUGUCGGUAGGUGUUUUCUGGGUGUUUGUUUAUUGUUACUAAACUAAAGAUAAAAUACCAUGUAGAUUCACUUUGUCUGAACAUUGCAAAUGGAAGCAACAAACUGUGAUAGUGGCGGAUAAUCUGAUGCAAGAUCUGAGCAACUUCUCAUCUAAAAAAAAAAAUGAAAAAAGUGGAACGCUUGUUUCUAACAUUUCCCUUCAGAGCCACAAUGGACUGACAUCUCUGGAAGAUAAGCAAAUCUUGGCAUCUGUGGGCAUCACCAAUGCCUUCUUAAGUAGCCAACAACACUCAGUGCCAUGAAAGCCCACAGUCACUGUAUCUAUUCUACAUGAACAUGCACUAUAAAUGGAUUUCCUCGAUGGAC